CUGCCCCCGGAAGCUGCCGGAGCAGGUGACCGCCCUUAUAUGACGCGGGAGGACAGCCACUCCAGCAGAGUCCUCCUGUGGAUGGACCCGGCACCAGAAAGCAAAAUGACUUCUGAGGGGCCUGACAACCGACCAGUCCCUCCUACCUCGCUGCCCCUGCAAGGAGGCUCCUCCCAGAGAAAGAAGCUCUCGGCCCCCCGGAUCAGCCUGUCUCUGGACCAGAGUGAGGACGAUCUGGGGGAGACGCCGGAUGACCUGGACAUAAACGUGGACGACCUGGACACCCCGGACGAGGGGGAUUACCUGGACUACACGGACCAUGAGAUGGACUGGGAAGAUCCCGCCGCAGCCAAUAGGAGCGGGACGAGCCAGUCCUACGACACGAUCCCCACCUAUAGCGCGGAGGAGGAGCGCCAGGACGGGAAACUGUGGAGGACGGUCAUCAUCGGGGAGCAGGAGCACCGCAUCAACAUGAAGAUCAUCGAGCCCUACAUGAGAGUCGUCUCCCACGGAGGUUACUACGGCAACGGAGCGAAUGCCAUCAUCGUGUUUGCCGCCUGUUUCCUGCCAGACAGUGACCGCGAAGACUACCACGAAAUAAUGGAGAACCUCUUCCUCUACGUGAUCAGCACGCUGGAGCUGAUGGUGGCCGAGGACUACAUGAUCGUGUACCUGAACGGAGCCACGCCCCACCGGAGGAUGCCCGGACUGGGCUGGCUGAAGAAGUGCUAUCACAUGAUUGACCGCAGGCUCAGGAAGAAUCUGAAAUCCUUCAUUAUCCUCCAUCCAUCUUGGUUUAUCAGGACCGUUCUGGCAAUUACCAGGCCGUUCAUCAGCGCCAAGUUCAGCAGUAAGAUAAAGUACGUGAACACUCUGGACGAGCUGCAUCGACUCAUCCCGAUGGACUGCGUCCAGAUCCCAGAAUGCAUCAUCAAACUCGACAAGGAGCUGAAGGAGGCGGCGGAGAACUCAAAGAUGAAUAGUUUUCUGCAGGGGACCGAACCCACGAUGGCAGCAGCACCCGACAGAGCGGAACGAGGAGAAGCCGGUGCCAGCGGCUCGUAAAAGCACCGACUCCUAAAAGCCGGGGACUAGGUUAAAAAAACCGCCAUAACGAAUGGGAAUAAAUGGGCAAAUCUGGAAAGUGACGCUUGUGUGUGUGUGUGUCGUUGUGUG